CGGAAAUAAACCACAAUUUACUCUAUAUUUGGUGGUGCUCUGAUGUCUGUGCUGAAGGAGGUAGGAGAGGACAGACCGGUGUUCAGCUGAGACUGCUAUAAAGUUGGUAAAGUGCAUUUAACCCAUGUAUGAGCGUUUAUCAGAGAUGGAGAAAACUUUACCCAAAUUCGCCUUCAUCUUCUGGAUUUAUUGUCUAAUUCUAUUAACAGAUGUCGGACAAGGCUCCAACAUCUGUACUUCUCGAGGGGCCAGUACAUGUCAGCAGUGCCUGGCAGUGCAUCCUUCCUGUUCCUGGUGCUUUCAAGAGGAUUUUGGUCAAGAUGUUCCUGGCUCCUCACGAUGUGACCUAAAGAAGAACCUGAUAGAGGCAGGAUGCAGGAGAGGAGCUCUGGAGUAUCCCGUCAGCAAAAUGUCUGUAAUAGAAGACAAACCUCUCAGCGAUAAGGCCAUGGGAUCCUCUACCGAUGUCACUCAGAUCCAACCCCAGAUCUUGCACAUCACUCUGAGACCUGAUGAUUCCAAGGUCUUUACACUGAAAGUCCGGCAAGUGGAGGACUACCCUGUGGACUUGUAUUAUCUGAUGGACCUGUCCUUCUCCAUGAAUGAUGACUUAUCUCAGUUACAAAAACUGGGGCGGGGCCUGGCCGAAGAGAUGAGCAAAACCACCAGUAAUCUGCGGAUGGGCUUUGGGGCUUUUGUGGACAAACCAGUGUCCCCAUACAUGUUCAUCUCCCCUCCAGAGGCUGUGUUAAAUCCAUGCUUCUCAAUCCCACACAAAUGCCAGCCUCAGUUUGGCUACAGACACAUUCUGUCUCUGACGGAGGAGGUGAACCGCUUUACAGAAGAGGUGAAGAAACAGAAGGUGUCUCGGAACAGGGACGCUCCAGAAGGAGGCUUUGACGCCAUCAUACAGGCAGCCGUGUGCAAGGAUAAAAUUGGUUGGAGGCCAGGUGCGUCUCACUUACUGGUUUUUACCACUGAUGCCAAGACACAUGUGGCACUGGAUGGGCGCCUGGCAGGUAUUGUGCGACCCAAUGAUGGCCAAUGCCAUGUGGGCACAGACAAAAUCUACGACAUGUCUACAACUAUGGACUACCCGUCCCUGGCAUUAAUCACAGAGAAAAUGUCAGAGAACAAUAUAAAUCUGAUCUUUGCUGUGACCAGCCAUGUGGAAUCACUCUAUAAGAACUACAGUGAGCUGAUCCCUGGUACUGCAGUGGGCAUUCUAUCUGAGGACUCACAUAAUGUGAUCCAGUUGAUCCAGGAUGCAUAUGCUAAACUGCGCUCUAAGGUUGAGCUGGAACUCUUGAAUGUCCCAGAAGAGCUCAGUCUGACAUUUAAUGCAACAUGUCUCAAUGGAGAGGUCAUCCCUGGACUAAGAUCCUGCUCUGGACUCAAAAGAGGAGAUACAGUGUCCUUCACUGUAGAGGCUCAUGCCAGGGGCUGCCCCAAGGAAAAGCGCAAGACCUUCACCAUCAAACCGGUGGGCUUCAAGGACACCCUGCAGAUCAGAGUCCACUUUGAGUGUGAGUGUAAAUGCCAAGCCAGGGCUGAGCCUGAAAGCCCUGUCUGUCACCACGGCAACGGCACCUACGAGUGCGGCAUAUGCCUGUGUAACCCAGGGCGACUGGGUCCCAGGUGUGAGUGUGCAGAGGGUGACUACAGCCCCACCGAGCAGGAUGCCUGCACCGGGCCAGACAAAGUGAUAUGCAGCAGUCGGGGAGAGUGCGUGUGCGGACAGUGCAUGUGCCACAAUAACGAUUUCGGCAAGGUGUGGGGCAAGAGGUGUGAGUGUGACGAUUUCAGCUGUCUGCGCUACAAAGGGGAGCUCUGCUCAGUGACUCGCCUCAAUCCGGGUGGCGGAGGACGAAUCUCAGUUGCCUCCGCGUCUGAGACCGUCAAUCCACGCAUCUUAUCACGUGGCUUGUUGAGUGUGUUACCGCGGAGACGUAGCAUGUGUGGAGGCCCACGCUAUUCUUCGCCGCAUCCACAUACAACUCACCACGCGCCCCACCGAGAGCGAGAACCACACAUUACAGCAACCACGAGGAGGUUACCCUUUAUGACUCUACCCUUCCUAGCAACCGGGCCAAUGUGGUUGCUUAGGAGACCUGGCUGGAGUCACUCAGCAUGCCUUGGAAUCGAACUUGCAACUCCAGGGGUGGUAGUCAGCGUCAAUACUUGCUGAGCUACCCAGGCCCCCAAUAUAUAGUUUUAUGUGGACGGAUUAGAACCUUUAACUUCUUAUGCAAUGAGCGGAUUAAUUACCACUAGACCACUCAGUCAGACUGCUAUAUCUUUUCUAACUGAUCUGAAUAACUACUUUCGCACAGCGGGCCAGCAAACCUCCAAACAAUCCUGUAGACUUACAUUGACAAUGUUUGUGGCGAGCAGGGCGGGGCCAAGCAGCAAAGCUGGGGAGAUAAGUAGUGAAUGAGGUCCAGCUGUGUGCCACACCGGUCUGGUGUUCGAGUGAGGGGUGGCGGGAGUAUUUAAGGAGAGGAGACAGCGGCAGACGAGAGAGAGAUGCACAAAGCUGUCUGUGUGUGUGUGUGUCUGCGUGUCAGGAUGCUGAAAAGCAAACCUUUUGUGUACUGCUGAAAAGCAGUGUCUUAUUGUGUGGGAUUGAAAAGUGCAACAAUAAAUGUUUACGUGUUUUGUCAAGCCGGCCCCAGCUUCCUCCUUUCCUUAAUUGUUACAAUGUUCAAACAGGCAAUGGAAUGCUCGUUAAUUCAAACUCUAACUGUCAAACAUUUAAAAUGUAAACAAACACGCACAAGGCCUACUAUUCACCUUAUUCAGCCCUGCCCCUUUUCCGUGCCCAGUUCUUCUGAAUUUUGUCAUCUAACUUCCUGUUUGUAUUGUAGCUACUAAAAAGAGUCGAUCAAAAUGGAUUAUAUGUGGGAGCACAAAGUAUUUUUCACCAAGUGUUGAUGGUGUGAAUCUACAGCACCCCUUUACUAUGCGAAAAUGCUCGUUAGGUGUUUUUUCUGUCACUUUAAAUGACAAUUGGACCUGGCAAAUCAUAUUCGGACAGCUAUGGCAUACUGCACUUUUUCAUAACACAAGUGUUUAAUUGUUGUGUAAUUCUCCUUAAUUUUUAGGUUUCAACUUAUUAGUAAUUUGUGUUAAAAUGUGUAACUGAUAUGAAAUUUCCAACAGUGACAGCUCGUAUUAUUACACACGCAGUUUCAACAUUAAGGAAAAUUACAGUUGUACUUUUUAAAAUUAAUUUGUCACCGUAAAAUUUAAAAUUGUUGUAAACGGAAAAUAAAAUAAAACAUACACUUUCACAUGUGUAUGUGUGUGUGUGUGUAUGAAUAUAGUGUCACCCCUCCCCCGACCCAGUUUAAUGCUCAAAAAAUCUGCUUACCUUAACUAUAACGCAAUGGGUGAAUGACAUGAGAAGAUGGUCAGAGGUGUCGUAUGAGAUAUUUUUAAUGACUUUGUGUUGUCUAUUGGAGUUUUGUGAGCACAGAGGCACAUCAGUACAUCCAGAGCAUAAAGGUAGGAUCUUGUGUAUUUGUGAAUGAAGUACACUUGUUUUAAAAUCUCCCCGCUCUGCUUCCAGUUGUUAUGACACCCCCUGAACACUUUAAAAUACUCAUGAUAGCUUUUGACAACUCUAUUCCGUAAAUCCACUUUGCUAGCUAAUUACACUUUGACAUCAACACCAUAGAUAUUUAUAUAGAACCGCUAGAACGGAAGUUCCGAGACAACAUUUUCAAAAUGGCUGCGUGCUAGUUUCUCUGGCGCAUAAGGUUAAUAGACCAUUUCAAGGAUGUAAACAAUACCGCCUCGUCCUAACCAGACGCGAUAAGAUUCCAGCAACAAGCUAUCUGCCUGUCCACACCAGACGCGAUGCAACAAUAUUCAUACACUAUAAUGAGGAUUAUUGACAAUAAAAUAUAGAAAUCAGAGCAAUCACAGAUGGAAUUUUGUGUUUAUUGAACGCAACUCACUGAAAUGCUUUCUACGUCAAGCCCCGAGGGGAUAAAUACUCAAUCACACACAUACACAGGGCAAAGUUACUUUAUGAAUCGCAUCCUUCUUCAGUCUGUUACGACUGUUUAUGUUCACGCGGUACUCCUGUUGUUAUUUCGACGAUCUCCACGUAACAGGGAAGUGGAGAGAAAGUUGGAACGAGCUGUUAUGUCUCCUCACUACCAUUCUGAAGCGGUGUGUGUGUGUAUAUGUGUAUAUGUGUGUAUGUGUGUGUGUGUGUGUGUGUGAGAGACAGAGCUCCAGCUAAAGAGAACAAGACCUCAAGUGCAACAUUCAGUAGGUGUGUGACACCCUCUGCCAAAAUAUAAGUUGUUCUGAACCGGCUAAUGAGUUGCUGGCUUUAAUAUACUGUAAUAAGAAUCAUUUAUACCCAUUUGUUGACUGCGCUGGCCGACGCAUUGUCGCAGAAAUAGAAACCAUUCCAAAAAUAGAAAGCCCUGUCUCUGUCACUCAUCAUGUGGACAAAAACUCAGAUUAACAUGGAAAAGUUACCUUUUAUCGCGUGUCGCGGAGCAUCUGGUUAGGACAUGGUGUAAGAAAGGAAUUAGAACGCUACUGCGCAUGUGGUACCCUAAAGCAUUUCCGGUAAUGGCAUUUUUAUAACUCAGAACUGUCCAAAUAAAAUGACUAGUGCAUACUUUUAGAGCUAAAACAAAACAAACAAGAUAAUAAUGAAAAUAAACAAUGAGGUGUCAUUAAUGGAUCUUUUAAUUAAGACUGUUGAGUCAAAAAAAAUUCUCAAAGAGAAUCAAACAUUACCUGAAGUGACUUAUCCAGAUGUGUUGUUGAUACUGAGCACAUCCAUGUGAGAGAGAAUAUGAAAGUGUAUCCUAGUUCAUAAUUAUUUCCUCAGUGGCAAGGUUGGGAAUAUUGGAUCCUUCAGUUAUUAUCACUGAAACUGUUAACGCUGUAAGUGUUAUAAAAAAAACUUUUCUUGUGUGUCUCUUUCUGCUGCGCUAGCUUUUAUACUACUCCAGCUACUCUGCGAUCUUGGCAGUGCAAUACUGCAGAUAUUGUUUACUUUUUUGUGACAAAUUGCUUUUGUGUCCCUCCUUUGUAAGUCAGUUUGGAUUAAAGCAUCUGCUAAAUUAAUAAAUGUAAAUUAGUUGCACAGCUUAAUUCAUUAUAAUGGGAUCUAUAGUCACUUAUAAAGCCUGUAAAGAAAUACUCUGACUUAACUAACCAGCUAAACUCUACCUAUCAAAUUUACUGUUAACUGGCAAAAAUGUUGUUCACCUACCUGAGAUAAGAUGUGUGCUGCUACAUCCCACAGUUGUUAGUGCUGCAAGUUGUUAUCUGAAGGUCUACUUGGCUAUCUAUCUAUCCAUCUAUCUUUAAAAAAAUUUCAGAAAGGCUUUGUCAAGCCAAUCUAGUUAUUGAUUAAUCAAGCUUCAGUUUUCAGAACAAGAUGUGACAACAAACAUGCCAUUGUUUUAGUUCUAUAAGUAGUUCCAUAAGGCCUCAGUGGCAUAAUCCCAGAAGUCCAUUUUGUCAAGAAUAUGCCUGUCACAGACUGAUGAUGUCACUGAACUAAGAAUAGUCCAGUAAGGGCAGAAAGUGGGGCUUGGGCUGAUGUGCAGGGUUUGUAUUGUUUUUCUGUGGGAAGUGUAAGUACAUGCAAAAUCAUGUUAUUUUUUACAUUUGGCUAGCCUUUGUCUUCGGUAUUUCUGUUUGGUUUUGGUUUUUAUUUAGCUGACAUUAGUGUUCUCUUUAUCCACCAAAGUCCCAGAUCACUCAUCGCCACUGUUUUGCAAAGGAAUAAAACAUUAUAAUCUCCAACGCAAACAUACACACCGUCACAGAUGUGUUAAUACACAUAAUUGUAUCUACAAACCACACUUGUAAUGGGGCUCGGCAUUCUCCCAUUGUAAGUCAAGUGAAAUAUAUGAGGCUUAUCAAAGCUCUUAGCAAUUCUGUUACGGUCCUGACAUUCCACAGCCUUAGAUGUCCAUUUUUAGAAAUCUGUGUAAUAAAAAAAGAAAAGAAAAAAAUAUUAAAUCAUUUUUGACAUCCGUCAUGCUUGAUUGCCAGCGGAAAUUCAAUUUGUGCAGUAUGCACAGCCUCAGCAUAAUAUUUGGGAAAGAGUAAUUUUUUCUAUGCAUAUAAGGAAUGUACAACUUCUUACAUGAGGCACUUUAUGGGUGCAAAUUCAAACUAACCCCAUCGAAAGUUUCUUUCAGGGAAUAUUAUGUGAUUAAACAUUAUUCAUCCAAGGAACCUGGAAAGCUUUCUUGUAAGGUUCAAACAACCUGUUCCCAGCAACAAAAAGCCAAGAUUAUUGUAGUUUAGUUCAAUUAAAGGUGCACUCAGUAAUAUGUGACACCUAACAGUAUGGAUGCAGCAUCAGGCAAAAGCAACAGUUUUGGUUAGCAAUGCCUCAUAGAAAUACGGUAAUCAUAGUCAACCAUUUUGUUAUUCAUUUGUUAUGUGUAAAACUUUGUAAAUGAUGGAAAAUUACUAAGUGUAUCUUAAAAAAAAAAAAAAACAUCUAUUACCUGAGCUUUGAACAGUCAUGUGUUUGUGAAUGGUGCUCUGGUCAUCUGCUGGCUUGUUUCCAUCUUU